CCCCACCGCCACCAUAGUGCCAUCCCUAAGUGUGACCCUCAGCCGGCGAGUGGAGAAGGCGACGCAAAAGAAAAUCUGAUGGAGGGGGUGGAACUCACAAAACAGCGAAAGGGAAGGCAAAGCAACCAGAAGCAGAAGCUAUAGAAAGAGAAACGGAAACGUAGCCUAAAGCGGAACAAAGAGGAGGAGCUGUCGAGCAGCAGAAAAUCCGCAUCACUAACAUAAAAUUACCGAAAAAAUCGAGCUAAGCGCAGUAGUUUAGGAUGAACAACGGAUUCAGCACCGGCGAGGAGGACAGUCGCGGCCACACGGACCAGACUUGCUGCCUUAUCGAUGACAUGGAGAGGUGUCGCAACCAGGCCGGCUAUGCCAGCUACUCCAAGCGCAUCCAGAAAACGGUGGCCCAAAAGCGGCUAAAACUUAGCAGUGAUCCCAGUGCCCAGCACAUAUACAUCUGUGACCAUCACAAGGAGCGCAUCCAGUCGGUGAGGACUAAGCGGCGGCGCAAGGACAGCGAGGACGAUAGCAACGAGACGGAUACCGAUCUGCACGAGUUCCCCGAUCUCUAUCAAUUGGGCGUUAGUACGCUGCGUCGCUACAAGCGCCACUUCAAGGUCCAAACCCGACAGGGCAUGAAGCGAGCACAGCUGGCGGAUACCAUUAUGAAGCACUUUAAGACAAUACCCAUCAAGGAGAAGGAGAUUAUCACAUUCUUUGUGUAUAUGGUAAAGAUGGGCUCGAAUAAGUUGGAUCAGAAGAAUGGCAUUGGCAAUGACACCACCUGAAGGCGCAGGGGCGGCGGCGUGGUCAGGUGGCACAGAUUGGAGGAGGACGAUGCCGAUUCGGUCUUCUCAUUUUAAUGCCAACCACUUCCCACGCCCAACCGCCCACACUUGUAUACUGUUGUUGCUGUUGCAUUUUGGUGUCUCCGGACCGAUGUCAGGAGAGGAUUGUUCAUCCAAAUACGACACGACAAGGAAACGAAAACAAAUUACUGAUAGCGAAAUGUCCUUUCCAUCUCACCCACUGCCCAAAAGUCUCCUUCCCGAUCACUUCCCAACAAGAAUAAAAAAAAAGAGAAACUAAAAACUAUAAACUUUAAUGAUAAAUUGCAAUGUAAAACUAAAAACAUUCAUAAAAAAAUAACAAAAAAAAAAGGAAGAAUGAAAGAAAAGAGUAAGUAAAAUGGCAACUGGUGCUCCCAACAAGUAUAUAGUUUAAGUUUAAGCGAAAAAGAAUUGUACAACAUAAUUGUAGCAUUGGUCCGUUGUUAAUAUUAAUAGCUCUUUAUCUGUAAACACUUUUACACUUAUACAUUACAUAAAAUAAACUAUGUAAAUUAACAAGAGAACGCAAAGCCCACACUGAAUUAAAUACGAAUUCGUAUUCUUAGAUUUAAGACGAAUACCCGCGACACUUGUUCAUUUAAUCGUUUGUAUUAUAUCUCAUGUUAAGUGCGGGGGGAGGGAGGGGGAAUGGCUAAAAAAAACAGAACCCCCAACCAAUAAAAUAUUAAAUAAUAACCACAAACCACAAAUUUGCUGUAAAAGAUAUAAUUCAAUGAAAACAACAGCCUUUCCACACACACAUUUUUAAACGUUUAACAUCGUCGUCCCAUUCGGAAUUAUAUAUUUAGAGCUCUAGUUUAAGACUAAGACGAACUAAGAUCUUGGUUCCAAGCUCCGAUUGGAAUUCCACCCUAUGCGAUUUCUGUUAAAUGCCUAGACUGAUUUUUAGCCAUACUUAUAAGCCUAAAUAAAACUUAAUUGAAAGCAUUUUCAUUU